AAGGGGAUCCUGCAGGAGCUGGGAGACUCUACCGCUAUCUGUGCAGGAGAACUCUACUUAAAACCCGAACAUUUUUUUUCUAAUUAUCCACUUGCAUGCGUGAUUUUUUUUUUUUUUUUUUUUGCAGCAGAUUUGCAUAACGUGAGGUAAACUUGGAGCGUGUUUUUUUUUUUUCACCUCUUUAGUUUGAACUCUCAAACAAAAAGCGGUGAGGAGCGCUUCUCAGCUGCCAGAAGUCUGUCAGCCUUUUUUAACAGCGGUGAAAUCUCUGCAAAGCCUGAGGAGGGAUACUAAGAUUACUAACCCCAGAAAUAUCUAACAAGUUAACAAAAGGAACUCAUUUUUUUCUCUUUUUUUUUAUGGAUUUCUCUUUGUUUUUCUUUUACGAGCCACGGUAACAUUACGCCACGCAUGUCACAAAUCCCUCUGAAUAAAGGUCAGCUUUUUGUGUGGAUUUAAUUCAUGCGUUUUUGUUCUUUUUUUCUAAGAAACAGCGGGAUGCAUUGCAAUCGAUUGACUUUUUUUUCCUUCCUACAUUUCUCCAAAUAUGAACUGAUUGCAGAGGUUUGCUGAGAAGCUGCGUAAACUUCAGUUGGCCCUGAAGCGAAGCGGAGCUGCCAGGGUUAGCUUCCCGAGCUAGCGCUACCAACGGCCGCAACAAGCUAAACAAGUCUCCCGUUUCCCGUUAUCUUCUGUGGACGCGGAGCAGCUGCCUUUGACCUGUUUUACGCAGCCGGGAUGUUUAAGCGACAACAUUAGUGCUUAUGUGUGGUAGCGGUGUUAGUUCGGGGCUGUUUUUCACCGGGAGGCUAGCUGUAGCCGCUGCAGCGUUAGCCUGUGUUUGAGCGAACACGUUGGACACGUUCCUCCGCCCAUCUUCCGGGAUGUCUUUUAUUUAUUUUUGUUUACCUGUUGGCCCACGCUGCCAAACAAACCCCGCUUCCUGAGCGUAUAUCUCCAGCGGUUUGGACUACUUUUCCCUCCACCUCUUUGCACGGGAUUAUUUUGUAUUUUGGCCCCGGAGCGGCGGUCGGAUGGUGGCAGCUAUGUGGCUCCGGACUUUGGCUUGUGUUUUGGCCGCAGUCUGCUUUGCCUUGAGUUUUCACAGAGCGCACGGGGAAAUUUGUUCAAGUAAGGACAUCCGCAACAAUGCGACCAACCUGCGACUGCUUGAGAACUGUACUGUGAUCGAAGGCCACCUAAAGAUCUUACUUAUGUUUGGGACCAAGCCCAAGGACUUCCAAGGUCUCAGCUUCCCCAAACUGAUAGUGGUCACCGACUAUUUGCUGCUCUUCAGAGUAUACGGUCUGGAGAGCCUCAGCAGCCUCUUCCCUAACCUGACGGUCAUCCGUGGCAACAACCUGUUCUUCAACUACGCGUUGGUGAUAUUCGAGAUGAUCCAGCUGCGAGAGAUCGGCCUCUACAGCUUGAUGAAUAUCACCAGGGGCGCGGUGAGGAUAGAGAAGAACCCCGAUCUCUGCUAUCUCUCCACCCUGGACUGGUCCAAGAUCCUUGACUCGGUGGAGGACAACUACAUCGUGGCCAACAAAAACGACAGAGAGUGUGGCGACGUCUGCCCCGGGGCGUCCAUUGGAAAGACCACCUGCCCAUCGACGACCAUCAACGGGCACUUCAGCGAACGCUGCUGGACACAGAACCACUGUCAAAGAAUGUGCCCAAUUAACUGCACGCAUCGGGCCUGCACCAUAGGCGACGAAUUCAAGAACGAAUGCUGCCACUAUCAGUGCCUUGGCGGCUGCCUGAAGCCCAACUCGCCGAGACACUGCGUGGCCUGCCGCGGCCUUCUGCAUGAAGACAGCUGUGUGGAGCGCUGCCCAGAAAACUUCUUCACCUACGAGGGUUGGCGGUGUGUCUCCCUUGCCUUCUGCCAGAAUCUGCACAACAGGUGCAGGCAGAAAAAGAGCCCCGACUGCAAAGAGUACGUCAUCCACAACGGUGCCUGCAUCCCAGAGUGUCCCUCUGGCUAUUCGAUAGGCAACUCCUCCACGCUCAUGUGCACGCCCUGCGCUGGUCCCUGUCCUAAGGUGUGUAUGGGUCUAAAGACAGUGGACUCAGUCACUGCGGCCCAGGCUUUGAGACGAUGCACCAUUCUCAAUGGAAGCCUGAUCAUCAACCUGCGUGGAGGAAACAACAUUGCAGCUGAGCUGGAAGCCAGCCUGGGCCAGCUGGAGGAGAUCACUGGCUACCUGACAGUGCGGCGUUCCUAUGCUCUGGUUUCCCUCUCAUUUUUCCGCAAACUCCGUCUUAUCCAUGGAGAAGAACAGGAAAUCGGGAAUUACUCAUUUUUCGCCUUGGACAACCAGAACCUGCGGCAGCUCUGGGACUGGUCCAAACACAAUCUGACCAUCCUGAAGGGACGCAUGUUUUUCCACUACAACUCCAAGCUCUGUAUGUCUGAGAUCCGCAAGAUGGAGGAGGUGACAGGGACCAAGGAGCGGCAGGUCAAGAAUGAAAUCGCCUCAAAGACCAAUGGAGACCAAGCCUCAUGUGAAAACCAUUUGCUAAAGUUCACCCAGAUCCGAACCAUGAGCGAUAAGAUCGUGAUCAAAUGGGAGGCAUUCUGGCCUCCGGACUUCAGGGACCUGCUGGGCUUCAUGGUGCUCUACAAAGAAGCACCUUUUCAGAACGUAACUGAGUUUGACGGGCAGGACGCCUGUGGCUCCAAUAGCUGGGUGAUCGCUGACGUUGACCCUCCGCGCCGAGCGACCGACGGGGACAAAGAUCAGUACGAGCCGGGUCACCUCAUCCACCCUCUGAAGCCAUGGACACAGUACGCCAUCAUGGUGAAAACGCAGCUGUCUGCUUCUGACGAGCACCAGGUCCACGGGGCAAAGAGCGAGAUCAUCUACGUUCGCACCAACGCCACCAAGCCCUCAGAGCCACUGGACCCCAUGUCUUCCUCCAACUCUUCCUCUCAGAUCAUCCUGAAAUGGAAACCUCCCAACGAUCCCAAUGGGAACAUCACUCACUACCUGGUCUCCUACCAGCGCCAGCCUGAGGCCAGCGAGCUCUUCAAGUUUGACUACUGCCAGAAGGGCAUGAAGUUGCCGUCGCGGGUGCCCACACAGGUGGACAGUGACGAGGAGCAGAAGUGGAACCAGACGGAGGACCAGGGCCAGGGGAAGAAAUGUUGCGCUUGUCCUAAAACUGAAAAAGAGCUCAAGAAAGAGAAAGAAGACUUGGAGUACAGGAAAACCUUUGAAAACUACCUCCACAAUGAAGUGUUUGAGAUCAGACGCCUGAGACAGCGGCGCUCUGCGAUGGGCAUUGCCAACAGGACCAUCCUCACCACCGCUGCCAGCCUCGCCGGAAGUACAUCCGUCCCGGACGAUGAGGAGGAUAAGGAAUACCCCAAGACCAUGGUUGUCGUCCAUGCAAAGGAGUCCACGGUCAUAUCCAACCUGCGACACUUUACCAGCUACCAGAUCGAGAUCCAAGCCUGUAACCAUCCCACUGACCUGGCCCGCUGCAGCAUAGCAGCGUACGUCAGCGCCCGCACCAUGCCUGAAGAUAAAGCUGAUAACAUCUUGGGCCUCAUCACUCAUGAAGUCACAGAAAACACCGUGCACAUACACUGGCAGGAGCCUGCAGCUCCUAACGGCAUCAUCAUCCUAUAUGAAGUGAACUAUAAGAGAGUGGGAGACGCUGAGGAGCUGCCUCACUGCGUGUCAAGAAACAUGUACAAAGCAACCCAAGGCUGCAAGCUGAAAGUGAUGCAUCCUGGGAACUACUCAGUCAGGAUUCGGGCUACGUCGCUGGCUGGGAACGGAUCUUGGACCGAGCCCUCCUACUUUUAUGUCCAGGAUCCCAGCGAUCCUCUCUACAUUGUGAAGAUCAUCAUCGGGCCGAUCAUCUGCAUUGUUCUGCUGCUGUUUGUAGCUGUGGCAGGAUUCAUCGUAUUCAAGAAGAAUCAAACCCAGGGACCUAGUGGACCCAUCUAUGCCUCUUCAAAUCCUGAGUACCUCAGCGCUAAUGAUGUUUAUGAGGAGGAUGAGUGGGAGGUGCCCCGUGAGAAGAUCGCCAUCUUGAGGGAACUGGGCCAGGGCUCCUUUGGCAUGGUCUAUGAAGGCAUCGCUAAGGACAUUGUGAAGGGCGAGGGGGAAACGCACGUGGCGGUGAAGACGGUAAACGAGUCCGCCAGCCUGAGGGAGAGGAUCGAGUUCCUGAACGAGGCUUCAGUCAUGAAGGCCUUCAGCUGCCACCAUGUGGUACGCCUUUUGGGCGUUGUGUCGAAGGGCCAGCCAACCCUGGUGGUGAUGGAGCUGAUGACCCACGGAGACCUGAAGAGCUACCUGCGCUCUCUGCGGCCCGAUGCCGAGAAUAACCCCGGGCGCCCGCCGCCAACUCUGAAAGAGAUGAUCCAAAUGGCUGCAGAGAUUGCUGACGGCAUGGCUUACCUCAUCGCCAAGAAGUUCGUCCACAGAGACCUGGCAGCCAGAAACUGCAUGGUCGGUCAUGAUCUCACGGUCAAAAUAGGAGACUUCGGCAUGACGAGGGACAUCUAUGAGACUGAUUACUACAGGAAGGGAGGGAAGGGCCUUCUGCCCGUCAGGUGGAUGGCGCCAGAGUCUCUGAAGGAUGGCGUCUUCACUGCACAUUCAGACUGCUGGUCAUUCGGGGUUGUGUUGUGGGAGAUCAGCACCCUGGCCGAGCAGCCGUACCAGGGUCUGUCCAACGAGCAGGUCCUCAAGUUCGUCAUGGACGGGGGCUCCUUGGAUCGGCCCGAUAACUGCGCUGACAGACUGCACAACCUAAUGCAGAUGUGCUGGCAGUACAACCCCAAGAUGCGCCCCACCUUCCAGGAGAUCAUUGAGAUGCUGAAGGAGGACCUGCAUCCCUCCUUCCGGGAGGUCUCCUUCUUUUACAGCGAGGAGAACAAGCCGCCAGAGAGCGAGGACUUUGAUCUGGACAUGGAAAACAUGGAGAGCAUCCCCCUGGACCCGUCAUCGUACUCCCAGAGGGAGCAGUGCUCAGACAGGGACGAGGCCUCCUCCGUGGGCCUGAGGGGCAGCUACGAGGAGCAUCACAUCCCCUUCACGCACAUGAACGGAGGAAAGCCCAACGGACGGAUACUGGCACUGCCACGGUCCAGCCCCUCCUAACACAUCACCACCACCACCUCAAUGCUAUAGAAUAAAGUCUAUUUUUGUUCUCAUUUUAUAUAUAGAUCCAACUUUUAUCACUUUGUCCUCAGAAGUCCCUCAACACAUAUCUCAGGACCUUUAUUUUUCUCUCCAGAUGCCACAAACACUACAGCAGGUCCACACACGGACCCCACAAGACACUUUUUGUAUUUAAGGACAAACCUCCUGUUUCUCUGUUCAUGAUUGUACUUUCUAUACUGUAUG